AUGAGCUGCGCUGCUCCCAUUAGGAUGAAUCUGAAUGACAAAGGUAAGACCUGCCAUACAAUUUUAAACAGCCCGUCAUCUUCUAUGCAGAUUACACUAAGCUGCUGUAGUCUUUUCUCCUGGUCCUGCUCGUCUGAAGUGGACUUUCUCUUGUGGAGCAGGGAAACCUCAUUAAAUCACUGCUGUUUGAUAUUCAUUGAUUUAUUCCAUUUGCUCUAACAUUGGACACGUUGCACAAUUCUGGUCAAUUCCAACUUUGUGCUUAAAGAUUGAUGAGUGCUGUAAAAGCCGAUUACAGCCUGCCACUGUUUCUCUCUGUAAAUCCAGUUUAAUUAGAGGUUGGCUGUCCCUGCACUUGUGCAUGUUAAUCCUUAUGGGACAGUUCGUAUUGUCAAGUCAAGUGAUGUCAUUCAAAGCAUAUCCUGCAGACAUGUCGAGUGUUGCUUUAGUGUGUGUUCGCGUGUGUGUGUGUGGAGCAGAUGCAUAGGGAUGAGUGGGGCAGGUCAGUGAGAGGUAGACCUUUGUCCAGGAUCGGACUGCUGCCCAUAAUUUAUUCAUGCCGAUGUAUCUGACUGGACACCUAAUUGCACCAGGAGGAGCCCAAUUACCCUCCACAGUCUCACAUUCACACUGAACGGAAGCUGUAUCACAUGUCCACCAUGACUAACAGCACACUUCUUAUUUACAUUUCCACAUCUCAGGUGAAACUACGUGAGUGGAAAGAUGUUUUUUUUCCAUUUAAGUUUGCCAGGUUGGUUAACUAGAGAAAGACACGUUUUACAGAGAAGACUAAAACUGAUGACAAAAGUGCUUCAGCGUAACUAUUUGGUUUUGUUGCUGUGAGCAUGACAGAUGAAGGUAAGCUGUUUAUGUUUGCUUUGUGUUGUGUAUGCAUAUGUGUAACUUGAGCCAACACUCUCUCCCCCUCUUUUCCAGAAGCCUCAUGUGAAGAUGUAAAUACUAACGCAGUGACAGAGGAAAUCAUUUCAAAUCAAGAAGACAACCAACAACAGACCGACAGAGAGCCUUUUAAGUUUCUGCUCUCGCUCCCUCAUGUUCAUUCAUCUUUAUCCGCACAGGGUGAGAUACAUUUCCUCCCUUUUAUUACUUUAUAUGACAAACAGAGAAUGUGUUACCAUAUCCAAAAGUACUAAACAUGAUUUUAUUGUGUAGUGAAAGUCUCUUAUAUUGUCCUGUGCUGUUCAGUUUCUUAAAAAUAGAUGAUAAUUGCUGCAGUAUACCUCAGUACAGCAGGCAGGCAGGUGGGUCUCUAAUUUUCCUUCUUUCAAUAUCUCACCACCCUCCUCUUUUUGUUCCUUCAGUCUCCUCUCUGUCAGAUGAGGCCUAUGUGUAUGCAGCUGCCAUUUUUCAGCACCUGUGGACUGAGAAGACUGUCACACAACGACACCUGCAUUAUGACAAGAAGACAGACACACCACUGCCAGAGACUGGGGACAAAACCACCCAAAAACAGGCCUUUCAGCUUGCCUUCAGCACACUCAAAUGUAUGAAUCAAAUGUUUGAUUGUAUGUAGGAAGUUGGAAAUCUUAGCAUUUACAGCUCAAUUUAAUUUAAAGUGGAGGCCAACACCUUAUGUAUUAAAGGGCUGACUGAUGGUUGAAUACAGAGUCAGGGAGAAAUUAAUUUGAAUCAGUGUACUUCUGCUACCUCUGCAGACCUCACACACCACCUAUGAGGAGAGGCCUUAUCUCUGUAAUGAACAGGAGUGGAGCAGCAGCAUGUGUCAACUCCAAUAUUCACUUCUGAAUAGCAGCCUGGACUGAAAACUGAAGAUUAAGUAGUAUGUACAUAUAUAUAGUCCUACAUUUCAUUCCCUCAGGGGACUGCAAAUUACUUCAGCUGGAGGGGCAGCAGAUGUCUGUAAAGGAGGUGAUAAGAGGGUGCAUGCAUGUGGACACACACAUAUAUACCCCACUCUCUCCACCAGACAUACACACACACAAAUACACACACAGACAUGCACUGCAUGCUCAUGCAAAAAGUGCACACAUAUAAACAGACACACUAAAUCAUACAUGUCAGGGGUGGCUGCUCUCCAGCCAUGCAGAUCAUUUGGAUUUGACUUUGACAGGUUUGGAGAUUACACUCUCCUGAUGUUUCCAAUGAAUUUACAUUUAAAACUCCUCUGAUAAAAUUCAGGUCUUACUCGGCUCAGCUGAGUGCUGUUAUAGUUCAUAUCAGCACAGUGGCACGGUGCCACAGGGUGAGUGAGUAAUCACAGCCCUGCUGAUGUAUUCAGUGUAACACUCCACAAACAGCACAAAGUUGUUUACAUUGAUAACUUACUCCAGAUUAUUAUGAUUGUAAUCCCUCAUUUGGCUCACGCUCUGCAACUUGUGCUAAACUUUUUACAAGAUUUAAGAUGGAAGAAACAAAUAUGUUUACAGAAUAUGCAGCAACAAAUAGUGAAAAAGUAAGUCAUGUACAAAAUAAAACAGCUGGUAUUUAUCAAAUAUAAAUACAUAAAGGACAGAAUAUAAAUAGAGUACAACACAUACCACUGCUUCUUCCUUUAGAAUCAUUGAAACUACAUAAUGUACUAUCAUUAUACUAUAGUAAUAAUGGUAGGUUUGAGUGCACUUAUACUCAGUAUUGAAAUGGCUACAUUGGAACUGACUCUUGUAUAUAUUGCACUCAUUGGGCUGGUGUAUCAACCCACAACUUUACAGUGUUUGAGCCUUUAACGGCAAAUAAACCAGAAAUUAAUCAGAGGAAUUUAAAAUAGGUAAAUGGUUGGACAAAAUUCAUGAAAUAACCAGCAAUAAAACCCCAAAGCUGUUAGCUAACAAGUUAACCGGAAUAACUUUAUAAGGUAAUAACAAUCAAUCUUUUUUAACCUCCAAGUUAGAUUUAUUUAUUUUUUAUUUUAGUGUCUUUAACAGGAAAAAUCUCUUUAAUUUACCGCCUUUGCCAAGAUCAUUAUUACAGGGUUUAUAUUUUUCAAAAAAAAGGUAUCAGAACUUUACAAACACUUCUUAAAAUCAUACUCUACAUUUUUCCAUCGCUGCAAAAACCACUGAAAUUAUCUAACUGAACGAUCUUAACUUUAAUGUUACAGAGAAAGAAAACCUAAAAACUGAUUAACACAAGUUGGAAAUUUCUCCAAUUUGGGUAAACUGUGCCUUUACACUUUUCUCUUUAUAUGAAGUGUCACUUCUGUAAAAUCCAAGUGAUUCUUUUGAUUGGUCUCAUGUACAUUAAAAAACAUUGUUUUUCUUACAGACCAAGAUUUACUGGAGGACAUCAUCACUGACAGCUGCUUCCACACUUCUCAGCACAUUGUAAGUCCCAGCAAAUUUUGAUAGAAGCAGUGGCAAACCAAAAAAAACUGAUUAAAAACUCUUCAGCAGUUACUCACUGACUGUUAAACUGUCUGGGAGUUAUCUGUCUUCAAACAAAGUAUCUGUGCUCUCUUGGUCCAUAUGUGCCCCAUCAGAGUAUGGAGGAAUGGAGGCGAGGGAGACGGAGAGGCAGUUAAAGGCCAUUUGUAUUCAGAUCUGUACGUCGUCUGGCUGGUUAUAGGUGGCAAAUGAUGCAUACAGCAGAGAGACAGACACACUCUCUCACGCUGGGAGGGUGUAAAUGGCGCCAUAAAACACUGUGCAAUGACACAUACAUGGACAAAGACACACACCUGUACAUGCGGAUGUGUGUGUGUUUAAAGGAUGGCUUUAUUGAGGGAUGGUGAAACAGAGGAUGUCUGACAGUAUGACUAUAAAAAGCUGCUACACGCCUCUUUGUAAUUCAGCACACCUCUUUACUGCAACACACACACAAUCUACCUCCCACACACUCGCACACACAUAUACACACACACCUAUCCUGAGGAAAGGAGUGGAGGAAAGAGAUAGUGAGAACAAAGUCACAAAAGGAAGAAAAGGAAGUGCAAUUUUAGUUUCCUUAAUGCAGUUAAAAUCAAUAUUUUUUUAAACAAACUAUGGAUCACAUGAGUAUAAAUGUUGCUUGCUUAACAAACCCACAGGGGGAUGUUUUCAAUAAAUUAGCUCUUUAAAAACUCCCCGUUAGCAAACAGCAGUUAAACACAGUUGAGAGUUUCAUUCAGGGGCGGAUGAAGGAAAAUGAAUAAAUGAAAAUGAAAUGAUGACAGUGCUCUGCCACUGCUGGAUGCAUCAAUAAACACCUGUUUGAAAUUUUGUCACUACACCCCAGCUGACAGCUCACCUCAAGAAACACAAACCACCAAAUUUAUCUACUUACACUGAAAGAAAACAACCCUACGACGACAACAACAACCACCACUACUAUCCCAAAACAAGCACUAUAGGGCUGAAACGAUUACUCGAGUAACUCGAGUAACUCGAUUAAUAAAAUUCCUCGAGGCAAAUUAUAUGCCUCGAGGAAUCGUUUAAAUCCGGAACCAUGUGCAGCGCACGGUGUUUGACACGGACGGUUAUUUCUGUUGCGCAGAAGCGUGCUCUUUCCGCUCCUUCCGCUGCCGCGCGUUUGGUUCAAUCAUGGAGGGAAACGAGGACAGACAGAAGCUGUGUCCGAAAUGGCAUACUGCCUGCUAUCUACUUACCUACUCAAGCAGUAGCUACUGCCUACUGACUACUCAAAGAUGAUUUGAGUAUGCCGCGGCUGCCCGAGCGUUUACACACAUACAUACUAAAUACCCCAGAAUGCAUUUCGUGCCGGCCGGACGCAGCGCCGGGAAAAUUUAAAUAGUCCUACCACAAGCUACAUAGAACGACUGCAUACCGGACAAAUUACAUAAAUUCAUUCAAUAAUAAUAUUUUUUCUAGCGAGAAAGUAAGUGUUUACAUCACGAUUAUGAGCCCAGUUGUUUGAAAUAGUGGCUGUUUGUAAAUUUGUCUCGGCGUUUUCGGAGACCGAAGCGUCCACUUGGUCGGUGUUUGCGUCUAUUUACCGUAAACACCGGGCAGCAGCAGCUCCCCCUUCACGUGUCCAAAUUAUUGCGAAGUGUUUUCAUAAUCAACAUCUACACGACACAAACCGGGCGGCAGUGGAUGAAAAAAAUCACACAAACAUCCGUGUAUCCAUGGUGAUAAUGCUAUACACCACCUGCUAGGCGUGUGAUGAGCAGCAGAGGGCUGCAAAAUGACCAACACACAACAACAUGUAAAUAAAAAUGUAACACUUUUAUAUAUUGAAUAAAUGUACAUUUGCUUGUCAAAUUAUGUUAGUAUCCAAGAAUUAUAUUAUUUCAGCCUAUUAAUUAAACAAGUAAAAUUAGAUCCAAAGCCUGGAAAUAGUUGUGACUGGUUUAGUGAAAACUGCAAAGAUCAUUACCAUAGCAAUUAAAAGACCAUCUGCAGACCUUGCCUUCAGUAGUUUCAUGUGAACUACAUGGUAAAAUGUAAAACUUUUGUUUCCUGAUUUAUGCAGUAAAAAUAUUCAUUUGAAAGACCUGGCCUAUUUCAGUUUUGUGUGUUACUGAUGGUUUUUAAUGAGGCAAACGUGAUUCAAUGCAAAGUAUUACAGUGAGAGCAAAACAUUUCUUAUCCGAUUACUCGAUUAAUCGACAGAUUAAUCGAUAGAGUACUCGAUUACUAAAAUAAUCGAUAGCUGCAGCCCUAAAGCACUACGUGGCAGAAUCAGGUCGGCUGCCUGAGGGUUAGUCAGCUUUUAUACCAGGAGAAAUUGCCAUUAUAGUUCAGCUUUGUUUUUCCUGAUCAAGAAAAAAAACAAGUUAAUAACCAACAGCUGUUAAUCUUCUAGCUGUUGUAUUUUAAAGCUCCUAUGAGGAACUCUAGUUUGUGUCAUUUUUGGCGCCCCCUGUGGACAAAAAAGUCUUUACUCAUAAGGUCUUCUACAUGCCAAACUAAUGAUUUAUGAUUUACAAGCUCAUCCUGUUGAGUUUUGACAAUCGAAUAUAGGACUGGGCAAUUUGGCAAAGAAUGAUCACGAUAUAUUUUGUCAUAUCGUCCGAUCUCGAUUAUUAUGAAAAAAAAAAUUGUAUUCUUCUUUUAAAUUGCCGGUUCUAAAGCAUCUGUAUGAAAAACUAGAGAUUAGUUCACUAUUUCAUUAACAUACAAAGUAAAUAACAAAGCAAUGAAUAAGAAUAAGAUAAUCUUAGAGAAAUAUAAAAAACAUUUUAACUCAACAGGACAACAAAAGUAGAUAAAUACUAAAUAAUAUAGUGAUCUAGUUUACAGUCCUGAGUGUUUUUGCAGGUAUGCCAGACCUAAAAUAAACAAAUCACCCCCUCUGUGAUAAUGAAGACACCUAAAAAUGUAAAGAUUAGAACAUAUAAACUUAGAUGAUAGGAUUGAUUGCUGCUUUGGUCUGGUGCAUAGACUGUAUAUACUAUGGACAACUUGGUUCCACCUUCGGCCAGUAUACGGAUUUGAAGCCAAAAAGCGCUCUGUAUUUCCCCGUUUUUCCUCCACUUCCUGAGAGCAACAUUGCGCAGUGGCAUUAUUUGCACUCCACCACCUGCGCAGUAGCAUUGUACGCAUUCGGCGUGAUAGUCACAGAGAGCUACGCAAUCUUGGUACGCGCAUAGGCUGUAUCAAGUGUCAAUCAUAGAAAACUUGAACCCCCUAAUAACUUUUAAAAAAUGAGCUGUGCAGAAAAAAGAGGACUUGAGCACAAACCAGUCUUACAAUAACUACAUGUCAACAUCGCAAGCAGCUGGGAGAAAAUUUAUGUUCUGUCUAAUAAAUUUCUAAAGUUUGUCCACUGCCCCAUAAAAAUAGCUGGAGGAGGUUGGAUUUAUGACCUAUACUGCAGCCCGUCACCAGGGGGCGCUGUUCUCGGGGUGUCUUCACCCAGCGAGGAGGCAGACGCGACCAUUCUGUAUACAGUCUGUGGGCUAAACUGCUAAUGCUACUUGUGUCGUCAGCAGUAACAGGCUGUGCAGACUUCACUCGUAUUUUCAUGCUUUCCACAUAAUCACUCGGUAUGUACUUCUUUAAAUGAUUAAACAGAUCUGUCGUGUUGCCGGUUUGUAAGGACGCCGACAUACCUUAUACGUCGGCUUAACCGCUCGUCGUCACUUUGGAGAUACCCGAACCACCACCGCACAACCGGAGUUGAGUAACUUUUCUUUUUCUCAACCAUGGCAUCUUUGGAGGAUGACUCAAAAUCAUGGCUGACAUCCAUUUUGCUGCCUUCAGCUCCUCGGUUAGCUCCACGUUCGGUCAUUCUGUUUACUUCUUCUGUUUACGUCACCGGUAUCUCACAGAAGUGAGCCGGAAAAGCUCAACUCUGAUUGGCUGUUUUUACGCACAUUUCCGCCAUGUUUGAUCGGGUAAAUAUGCUCACAGUCGCCCAGUCUUAGUUGAGUAUAUUCUUUUGUGAAAAUACAGUGGAGCUGUUGGGGAUGUCUGCUGCCCACGUGUGUUAAAUAGUUUGUAUUAAAUAUUUUUAUCUUUUAUCUGUCAUCUCUUGUCUCUUUUACCUCUAUUUUAUUUUGGCUUAACUGUCUUUUUAGUUUUUGUUAUACUUGUACUCUUUUCUUAAUUAACCUUUUAGGCUUUUCAUUGUUUUAUCUCUUGCUCAUUUCUGUUGCUCUAUUUUAUCAUUACUGUUAUUAUCAGUAGGCCUACUGCCUGUUAUUUUUUUUAUUAUCAUUGUUGAUAUUAUAUUUACUAUCCUGUUUCUGCUUUUGACCCCCUUUUAAUUGCAUUUUCCUUUUUUCUUACCUAUUUGAUGUUUUUAUUAUGGUCCUUAUGGUCUCAUUUUAUGCUGCAUAGUUCUUGUAUUGUCUGGGCUCCUUAUGACAUGAAAAUGGUCUUCAAUUUCGUUUUUACUGAGCUUUUUGUUUCUGUCUUUUUCCAUGUGCUUUAUGACUAUAUGUCAAAGCGCUUUGUAAACUUCUGUUAAUUAAUAAUAAUAAUAAUAACUAGGGCCCCGUUGGGGCACUGGCGGGCCCGAGCCGCGUCGCGCCCCCCCCCCCAACGCGAUCGCCUCCCCGUCCCAUUCGCAUCCUCUGGCCAUUGCCCUCUCUGGUAACGCCCAUCACUACAAAGACCCUUUUCCUUCAUCGGCAUUUGCUGUUCUUCCUGCCAUUGCGUGUUGCUUUCACUUACACUUCUCACAGCCAGCCUUGUGAGUGCCUGGCCUGGUUUGACCUUUGCUCACCAUGAUUGUGUGACCUUGGUAUCGGCUACUUGGGAAGUUCCACCGUCGUGGCAAAGCUUUGUUUGCGUGCUGUGCUCAACCACCUAUUUUCUAUGGAUGUGUAAGUAAACCACUUUCUUUUCUUACACAAUGACACACUCAUACUUAUCAUUCACUGCUACUGAUGUGCUCUGUUAGUAAGCAUGCAGGAAACCUGAUGAAUGAAGAAAUGCCCAGACUAGCCAACAUCUUAAUAAAUUAUGAGGUAUGACAUCACUUGAAUGGUUUCAUUGGGCUAUGCUUCCAUUAUUCUAAUUCUGUAAUAAAAAGAAAUUUUGUCCAAAAGGACUGUUGUUGUUUUUUCUUCUAAUAAUUAACAUAUUUAACAUAAUUAACAUUCAAUAUGCGCUCAUUACACACGUGCACACUCUUUGAUGAUCUGUGAAGCAGAGCUUAAAGGACAGUAGGAGCAGCUGAACAAAGUGUAUUUGUAGGAAAACCGUAAGAGCUAUUGAAACGCUGUUUUCGCGGGUUGAAAGGUUAGGGUCUCCACCAAAGGUCAGAGGUCAAAUAACAUUUGUAUCUCAAACUGUGACGUCACAGUCAAGGUCCAAAGAUGGUGUGCGCACCUGUCUUUGGUCAUUUCCCAUUAUAAUGAAUGGAAGGCGCAGUUUCUACCAAAACGCUCGCUGCAGAAAAACUACAUGUCCUAUUUGAAAAAACUCUGGACCAUGAGUGAGGGCACAAACACAGCAAGGAUAUAUCCAAAUGGCAAGUUGCUCCUCUGUGUCCACAUGGCUCAGAGGAUAAUGAGACUGCCUGGCACUCUUAAGGUUCUGCGUUCAAGCCUCACCUAACCCAAGUUGAGGUGAAUUUUAAAGCCUUGUGUCAACAAAGGGCAGUGAAAUAGGAAAAAACCAGACAACUCCUCUGUGUCCACAUGGCUCAGAGGAUAAGGAGACUGCCUGGCACUCUUAAGGUUGUGGGUUCAAGCCUCACCUAACCCAAGUUGAGGUGAAUUUUAAAGCCUUGUGUCUUCAAACGACAGUGAAAUAGGAAAAAACCAGACGACUCCUCUGUGUCCACAUGGCUCAGAGGAUAAGGAGACUGCCUGGCACUCUUAAGGUUGUGGGUUCAAGCCUCACCUAACCCAAGUUGAGGUGAAUUUUACAGCCUUGUGUCUUGAAUUGUGCUUGUAUGUAUCUACUAUUUUGUGUCUGUGCGAGGUCGCACAAUUAAAAAAUAAAUGCUGCGCUCCGCGGGUUUUCUUUAAGUCAUUCGUGACGCGAGCCUGAGGGCGGGGACAUUUGGCGACUCCACCAGGAAGUCCUCCGAAGGUCUCCAAAUGUCCCCGCCCUCAGGCUUACGUCACGACUGACUAGAAAAAAAGCUGCGGAGCGCAGCAUUUAUUGUUUUAAUUGUGCGACCUUGCACAGACACAAAAUAGUAGAUACAUACAAGCACAGAUCAUUCCCAUAAAAUUAAUCCAAUGAUUGUUUUGUAUGAAGGAUUAUGAGGGCCAUAUUGAGAAUUUUUUUUGAAGACUUCAAGAUUUAAGUCGUGAAUUUACGAGAAUAAAGUCAUUAAUUUAUGAGAAUAAAGUUUUAAAGUUUCCUGUUAUUUCAGAGGAGACUUUGUUAAAAUUAGGGCCAUGAAGCAUUUAGAGGAACUGUGCUUCAGUAUAGGUUUCACAAACAAGGAGAUACUUCAUCCUCUGGCACAUCAGCAUCACAUUGACAUAAGUAUAAAGACUUAAAAAAGAAUAUAUGGGUUCAGGAUGAAUUGUGAAGUCCAGGAGCAAAAGUACCAAGAUAAAAGCACGCAGAGCUCAUCCCCAACAGUGGAUGGUCUCCGGUGGCGCAGUGUGGUAGACAUCUAACACCCUAAUGUGAGCCAUGUGUUCAGGUUGAAGACCAGCUCCUGGUUCGAAACCCGCUCAGUCCAGGGGGGUGGGGUUACCCCCCCAGGUGUUUCCAGAGAGAUAAAAUAGGGGGGUUAUGCUACAGGAAGUCAGAGCAGGCUGAACUUUAGAGUAAGGGUGGGGAGAAGGGUUGCGGGGGGGAUUAUAGGGGGGGCACGGCGGCCGAUGGCCGGGGGCUGAGCAGAGGGGCGUAACCACAAUAAGGAUUGAACCCACUGACUCAUGUGGACACACGAGACAAUCAUUUUUUUUUCAUUUAUCACUGUACUUUGUAGACUCUAGACCUUCAAAAUUCACCAAGAAGUGGGCAAGGUAGGACUCGAACCUAUGACCUUAGGAGUCCCAGUCAGUGUUCUUAUCCUCUGAGCCACUUGGACACACAGGAUUAUACCAUUUGUUUCCUCUUUCACUUUCCUGUCUAGACACUAUACUUCAAAAUUCACCUUGUCCCAAAAAAGGCUCGAACACACCACCUCAGGAGUCCCAGUCAGUCUCCUUAUCCCGUGAGCCAUGUGGACACACAAGAGAAAUCUGUUUUUUUUUCACAUACUGUUUUCCUUUGUGGACUCAAGACUUUAAAAUUCACCUAAAACUAGGUAAGGUAGGACUCGAACCUAUGACCUCAGGAGUUCCAGCCAGUGUUCUUAUCCUCUGAGCCACUUGGACACACAGGAUUAUACCAUUUGUUUCCUCUUUCAAUUUCCUGUCUAGACACUAUACUUCAAAAUUCACCUUGUCCCGAAAAAGGCUCGAACACACCACCUCAGGAGUCCCAGUCAGUCUCCUUAUCCUGUGAGCCAUGUGGACACACAAGAGAAUUGGGUUCUUUUUUCACAUAUCGCUGUCCUUUGUGGAUUCGAGACUUUAAAAUUCUCCUAGAACUGGACAGGGUCAGACUUGAACCCACAAUCUCAGGAGUACCAGUGAGUCUCCUUAUCCCCUGAGCCAUGUGGACACAGAGGGUUAUCAUGUUUUUUUUUUUUUCAUAUAUCACUGUACUUUGUAGACACAUCUCAGAGCCUACUAUGUCGGAGGUGAAUUUCAAGGGUAGCCGACUGAGAAACUCUGCAUGUGCUGUGUAGCGAUCCACCAAUCACCUUUGUCCUUUACUCAGUUGCCAAUCAGACUCAGUUCUCAGUUGCCAAUCAGACUACCCUGCCAGCUGUCAAUCAAAAUCAGAGAGGAGGAAACUCACCCCUGCACAUGUUCUGCACAUGGAGUGAGACGCGUGUCCGCUGAGAAUUAUUUAUGGAACUUCACUGACUCUUAAGCCCAACAAAUAAGAACUGUAUGGGUUUUAAAAUGUAUAUUUCCGUGGACCACUCUACUAUAAGCGGUGCGCGUUUUGCGAGGUGCAUGCAAUUCUCGGAGGACAUGCGUUUCUCGGCACAACACCGCUAACAACAACAACAACAACGAUUGCAAAAUGAGCAACGAACAAGAGAAAACCACCGAAAAUUAAGAUUUGUUGCCAAAAAUAAAAUGAAAGUCAGUUAUCUGGAAUUAUUUCGGUUAAAAGAAGGAUGAUGUCGACCAAAACACGUGUUCUGUGUUCAUCUGUCGCCACAAUAACGUCCCAGCACAAUAAAAGCUAAAAAUAUCUCUGAGACAGACAGAAGCCCUUCUAACAUUCACAAAAAGAGGUAAGAUCAGUGCAGGUUAACUGUCCUCAAGACUUCAGCAGUGCAGUAUAACAUUAAAUGCUAUUCAGGUCAUCUGGUGAAAAUUCCUAUAUUUUUAAUAUCACAAUAUAUAUCGCAGGGUUGAAAAAAAUCGCAAUGUUAGUUUUUUCCAAUAUCGUGCAGCCUUACUCUCUUGCUUUGUGCCUGGUUCAGUAAACUGCACGUGCAAUUUCAGCAAGGCAUUACAUCACUUGCUUGACUUGUCAAUCAAAUCAGACCUCUUAGCCUACUUGACACACGAAAAUAACCGAGCAAUCCCGAUGUUGAAAACUGUCAGGCGGCAGACUGAGGAGAAAGUUGUAGCAGCAGCUAAACAUGUCGGCUUCAAAACCACGAAAGGUAGAGAAUGAGAACAGGGUGUUUUAUGGCGAGUGGACCGAGUCAUUUGCAUUCAUUUUACCCGCAGGAAGCACACAGCCAAUUGAAAGUAGGCAGUUAUUGGCAAUACAAAUGAAGUGAAUAUUUCAAAAGAGUAAUGCACUGUAAAAAAAUAAAUAAAUAAAAAUCCCUGGACCCAGGCCUGCAGGCAUUUCAUUCAGGUGGACCCACUGAAAAUUUAUAUGAAGACCCCUGCUCUAGACCUUCAAAAUUCACCAAGAAGUGGGCAAGGUAGGACUCGUACCUAUGACCGCAGGAGUCACAGUCAGUGUUCUUAUCCCCUGAGCCACUUGGACACACAGAAUUAUACCACUUGUUUCCUCUUUCACUUUCUUGUCGAGACACUAGACUUCAAAAUUCACCUUGUCCAGCCUCUCACCUGAAAUGCGCAGCUGUGCUUUUGAUUGGCCAUGUCAAUCAAAAGCCCAGCCUAAAAGUCCUGAUUAUCAGUUCUGGGUCCCUGGCAAUGACUGUUGGGUACAAACUGCAAAGCUUUCUUCUGCAGGUAGGGCUAGGCUUUUCAUUGACCAUGUGGGUCGAAUAGUUGUGUGGGAAUAGUGUGUCGUCUCAGCCACUAUGUUUUCUGCAGUUGUGAGUAGAGAGCACCUUGAUAGCUCACUUGUUAGAGCAGAGGACUGCAGGACGUUCCUCAUAUGAAAUGCUGUGAUACUAAGGUCGCUGGUCCAAUUCCAGCUCAAAGCACCUGCAUUUCGUUGGUGUGAGCAAUGUUCUGGGUCUAAUCACAUUGAAAUAAUGCCAAGCCUUGUCUUCAUCUGUCAGCUCCUCCAAAAUGUAAAAACACAAACAAGAUAACUCCUGCUAAAUUUUCCAACCAUAGAUUUUUUAUUCACCCAGCCUAAAAGUCCUGAUUAUCAUUUCUGGAUCCUUGGCAAUGACUGUUGGGUACAAACUGUGAAGCUCUGUUCUGAAGGUGGGACUGGGCUUUUGAUUGGCCAUGUCAAUCAAAAGCCCAGUGUGGGGCUGUGUCCACAUGGCUCAGAGGAUAAGGAGACUGCCUGGCACUCCUAAGGUUGUGGCUUCAAGCCUCACCUUACCCAAGUUGAGGUGAAUUUUAAAGCCUUGUGUCUACAAAGGGCAGUGAAAUAGGAAAAAACCAGAUGACUCCUCUGUGUCCACAUGGCUCACAGGAUAAGGAGACUGCCUGGCACUCUUAAGGUUGUGGGUUCAAGCCUCACCUUACCCAAGUUGAGGUGAAUUUUAAAGCCUUGUGUCUUCAAACGACAGUGAAAUAGGAAAAAACCAGAAGAGUCCUCUGUGUCCACAUGGCUCACAGGAUAAGGAGACUGCCUGGCAAUCUUAAGGUUGUGUGUUCAAGCCUCACCUAACCCAAGUUGAGGUGAAUUUUAAAGCCUUGUGUCUUCAAACGACAGUGAAAUAGGAAAAAACCAGAAGAGUCCUCUGUGUCCACAUGGCUCAGAGGAUAAGGAGACUGCCUGGCACUCUUAAGUUUGUGCGUUCAAGCCUCACCUAACCCAAGUUGAGGUGAAUUUUAAAGCCUUGUGUCUUCAAACGACAGUGAAAUAGGAAAAAACCAGAAGACUCCUCUGUGUCCACAUGGCUCAGAGGAUAAGGAGACUGCCUGGCACUCUUAAGGUUGUGCGCUCAAGCCUCACCUAACCCAAGUUGAGGUGAAUUUUAAAGCCUUGUGUCUUCAAACGACAAUGAAAUAGGAAAAAACCAGACUACUUCUCUGUGUCCUCAUGGCUCAGAGGAUGAGGAGACUGCCUGGCACUCUUAAGGUCGUGGGUUCAAGCCUCACCUAACCCAAGUUCAGGUGAAUUUUAAAGCCUUGUGUCUUCAAACGACAGUGAAAUAGGAAAAAAACAGAAGAGUCCUCUGUGUCCACAUGGCUCAGUGGAUAAGGAGACUGCCUGGCACUCUUAAGGUUGUGGGUUCAAGCCUCACCUAACCCAAGUUCAGGUGAAUUUUAAAGCCUUGUGUCUUCAAACGACAGUGAAAUGGGAAAAAACCAAACGACUUCUCUGUGUCCACAUGGCUCAGAGGAUAAGGAGACUGCCUGGCACUCUUAAGGUUGUGGGUUCAAGCCUCACCUUACCCAAGUUGAGGUGAAUUUUAAAGCCUUGUGUCUUCAAACGACAGUGAAAUAGGAAAAAACCAGAAGACUCCUCUGUGUCCACAGCGCUCAGAGGAUAAGGAGACUGCCUGGCACUCUUAAGGUUGUGGGUUCAAGCCUCACCUAACCCAAGUUGAGGUGAAUUUUAAAGCCUUGUGUCUUCAAACGACAGUGAAAUAGGAAAAAACCAGACGACUCCUCUGUGUCCACAUGGCUCAGAGGAUAAGGAGACUGCCUGGCACUCUUAAUGUUGUGGGUUCAUGCCUCACCUAACCCAAGUUGAGGUGAAUUUUAAAGCCUUGUGUCUUCAAACGACAGUGAAAUAGGAAAAAACCAGAAGAGUCCUCUGUGUCCACAUGGCUCAGUGGAUAAGGAGACUGCCUGCCACUCUUAAGGUUGUUGGUUCGAGCCUCACCUUACCCAAGUUCAGGUGAAUUUUAAAGCCUUGUGUCUUCAAACGACAGUGAAAUAGGAAAAAACCAGACGCUCUGUGUCCACAUGGCUCAGAGGAUAAGGAGACUGCCUGGCACUCUUAAGGUUGUGGGUUCAAGCCUCACCUUACCCAAGUUCAGGUGACUUUUAAAGCCUUGUGUCUUCAAAGCGCAGUGAAAUAGGAAAAAACCAGAAGACUCCUCUGUGUCUACAUGGCUCAGUGGAUAAGGAGACUGCCUGACACUCUUAAGGUUGUGGGUUCAAGCCUCACGUAACCAAAGUUGAGGUGAAUUUUAAAGCCUUGUGUCUACAAACGACAGUGAAAUAGGAAAAAACCAGAACACUCCUCUGUGUCCACAUGGCUCAGUGGAUAAGGAGACUGCCUGGCACUCUUAAGGUCGUGGGUUCAAAUCUUGUACAGGGUGUAUUUUAAAGUCCAGCAGCCAAAGUUCCAAGAUAAAAGGGCACGAACAUCAUGCCCAAAUGUGGACGGUAUCCGGUGGCGCAGCGGGUAUGCAACUGACACCCCCCCCCCCCCCCCGGUCUUUCCAGAGAGAUACAAUAGGGGGGUUAUGCUACAGGAAGUCAGAGCAGGCUGAACUUUAGAGUAAGGAUGGGUAGAAAGGGUUGAUGGGGGGAUGAUCUGCUCAGCCGAUGGUCAUACAGACCAUCAGAGGGCGUCCCCAAUAAGGCUUGAACCCAAUGACCCGUGUGGACACACGAGACAAUCAUGUUUUUUUUCAUAUAUCACUGUACUUUGUAGACUCUAGACCUUCAAAAUUCACCAAGAAGUGGGCAAGGUAGGACUGGAACCUAUGACCUCAGGAGUCACAGUCAGUGUUCUUAUCCCCUGAGCCACUUGGACACACAGGAUUAUACCAUUUGUUUCCUCUUUCACUUUCCUGUCUAGACACUAGACUUCAAAAUUCACCUUGUCCCGAAAAAGGCUCGAACACACCACCUCAGGAGUCCCCAUCAGUCUCGUUAUCCUGUGAGCCAUGUGGACACAGAAGACCAACAUGUUUUUUUUUCAUAUAUCACUGUACUUUGUGGACACUAGAUUUCAAAAUUCACUUAGAACUGGGCAAGGUUGGACUCGAAGCUAUGACCUCAGGAAUCCCUUCACAAAUGUGUUGAUGGCUGGACAUUGCAUCAUCCUAGAAAACUUGGAGGCCAGUGAGGACAAAAAUAAAAAGUUAUAAGACUUAAGAAUGUGGAUUUUUGGGUUAUCUUUGGCGCCCCCUAGAACCUAAACCGUGGGGUGCAGCGUCAUGAUUUGUACAACUGUUAAUGGCCAUGGGGUGUAGAUUGGCCUGAGCAAAUUUGGUGCCGGUGGAACAAAAGCCUUCUGAGGAGUUAGCGAAAUUUCAAUGUGUGCGGAUCGGCAAAAAAUCCGAAAUAGCCCUUUAACGGUACAUUUGACAGAUACGCCCGUGCUGACUUUUUUGUAGAUCUUAUUGAGAUACACGUGUGUGUCAAAUUUUGGGUCAUUUAGACAAAGCGUACAGGCGUCAGGUGAGUUUUCACCUUAGGGGGCGCUUUGGAGCCAUUUUUCAUUUUAUUGUUUGGGCGACUUCAGAAUAUCAAAUUUUUCACCAGGCCCGGUCGUCCUGCCAAAUUUCCAGAGUUUUCGCCAGUGGAGAGUGGGCCAUUUUCCAGUUUAAAGCGGAGGAAAAAUAAUGAAGAAGAACCCAUACAGGAACAAGAGGGCUCUCGCAGCUGCUUAGCAGCUACGCUUGGGCCCUAAUAAUAAAAAUAAUAUUACAUUGAUGAAUAUGAUUGAGAUGGUCAGUGCAAAAAGUUGAUACUGGUGAUGUUGGUUGUUUCUCACAGUCCAGAGACUUGUUACCAUUGGCGAUGGUGAUGCUGUUUGACUUCCAAAAUAGCAAGUUUUUCUUGCUUGAACGUUCAACGAAGGAUGGAGAUGAGCCUCUGCAUGAAGUCAGGAGCAUGGAGAGAAGUCUGCUGAGGUUUGUGUUGGUUAAAGGGAUAUUCCGGCGUAAAAUUAAGUUGGGGUCAUACACACCGUAACAUCGAGUUAGACAAACCCCUCAACAGAGGAAUGUUGCCGACCGCUUUCUGUUGAUGCAGUUAGGUGCUGUUCUGAGCAUUAUUUGUGGCUACAGAGUAGCGUUUUGGUUGAGGUUUGUUUAUGGCUCCUCAGCCUGCUGUGUAUUGCUAUCGUGCGGUCGUUACUAAAGUUGGUAUAACUGAAGGAGCAAGUGGUCGUCAACAUUGAUCUCUCAAGGGGGUGUCUAACUGGGUUUUACAGUGUGUUUAACCCUAAAUUAAUUUUACGCUGGAAUAUCCCUUUAACACCUAUACUUUCAACAUCACUUUAAAUACACAUAAUGCAACUUUGUCUUCAGAUCAGAUUAGAUAUGAAGAUAAGUCAAUAUUGAGACAUCUGCUAAGUGCUGUGUGUAUGUGUAUCCGCGCAGGUGUAAGACAAAGCUGGCUGCAUCGCUGGCUCGCUGCAGAGUGAAACAGAGCCUGCAAAGCGUCUCCUGUUUUUUGUCUGAACCUGUAAGGACCAAACAGCACAGAGCAAAACAUUUGCCUCUUUACGCAUGGGUCAAUACUUUGAAGACCAGGUAUGUUUACACACACUCAAAAAAAAAAGGCCAUGCAGUAGGGGGGGGGGGGGGGGGUCGCACAGUUUGGGGUUAAAGGUAAGUGAAGCCCACUGGAGCAUAUCUGAGACAGGAAGUUUCAGCAUUUCCACAGCUCCAGGGUAAGAAGAGCCUCUGUGGUUGGUGAUGUAAAACUAAACACUGCAGCGCCGUUCUCCGCUCUGUUAAACAGUCAGUCUCUGUCUUAGCCAGUGAUGCUUUUGAGUCUCAAUUUUUGUUGUGGAUGCGUUUCUCUUCAUGUGGGGCAGAAUGACGUGCCUUGUAUAAAUUUCUGCUAUAAUAAAAAAACUCUACCUCCUGACACGUUUUAUCUCCCCUCUUCUUUGUAGUGUUGAAGAGGUGUGUAAAGCCUUAAAAAGCGCCGGUUUGAGUGAAGUGAAGAACUUGUCUGAUCUCAAGGAGUCAGCAUUUUGCCGAGACCCUCUCUGUCAGGAUACACUUGUAUUCUCUCAACAGCUUCAUGCUCUGCUCCUGCACAGCACAGUUACAUAUGCAGUGAACAUACAGGCAAGUAUCAUUUUAAGUGUGCACAGAAGUGUGUGACUGAACUACAAACAAGUAAAAUACGCUAAUAAGGGAGAGGGAGGUGUCUUUCGCCUCUAGAGAAUACUCUUAAAGAUAAAAGGGGAAAAAACUAAAAAGCACAUUCAUUUGACAGUAGUGGAGGUACAUGGAUUGUAGACUGUAGAAAAGUCUGUGACUUUCGUUGAUGAAGGUUAAUACCUGAUGACGCCUCAUGAUAAUGGUUACCAGAUUAAAAAUGCAGACCCUUAUGUAACGUUCAAUUAGGGGAGACUGGGGCUUGUUGUCACACAUUUUACACUCUUAUAUAUUUCUUGGAAUCAAUACAUCAUAUAUAAACAAAAUGUGAACCAGAUGAAAGACUAAAGUCUCAGGUAUAUAUGUCAUAUUCAUGUCACUUUCAUAUCUUGUGUCACUGCAUAGUUAUAAGCAGUCAAAUAGAGAGUGUGAACAUGUGACAUGUUGCCCCACCAUCGGGUAAGUUGUCUCACUGCAUGGGGUAAGAUGUCAUGCUGGAUUUUGCAGCUUAUAAAACAAAGACAAAAUUAUUGUUGUUAUAAGUUUUUACAUGAAAGUGAACAUCAAAGACAGGCACAGAAAAUGUUUAUCAUUGAGCUUGAAAAAUUCAACAAAUGCUAACAUAAAAAAUUAUGCAACAUGCUCUGGAGUUUGGAGAGCUGUCUGACUCUGUGUUUUGGCUGGGGUGAAUGUUUAGCAUUACCAAGCCAAGGUAUGGUAGUUGACAUUAAAGUCCUUUAUCUUACUCCAGAUUGAUUUAUUAGCGAGGGUCGUCUGUCUGUUAAUUUUUUUUACUUUGGGUUGUACAAAAUGGUGAAUUGAUGCUCAUCUCAGCUCACAAUGUAAACAUUCCCCGUUAGCAAACAGCAGAUAAACACAGUUGAGAAUUUCAUUCAAGGGCUGGUGAAGGAAAGUGAAUAAAUGAAAAUAGAAGGAUGACAUUGCUCUGCCGCUGUUGAAUGCAUCAAUAAACACCUGUUUGGAAGUGUACCUUUUGAAGUAAAUAGUGAGGUUACUGAUUCUGGAGAGAGUUUGCUAUUUUGUCACUACACCCAAGCCAACAGCUCACCUUAAGAAACACAAACCUCCAAAUUUAUCUACUUGCAUUGAAAGAAAACAACCCUACGACAACAACAACCACCACUACUAUCCCAUAACAAACAUUAUGUGGCAGAAUCAGGUCACUGCCUGAGGGGUUAGUCCGCUUUAAUACCAGGAGCAAUUGCCAUCAUAGUUCAGCUCUGUUCUUCCUAAUCAAGAAAAAAACACAUUAAUAACCAGCAGCUGUUCAUCUAUUAACUGCUGCAUCUUAAAGCUCCUAUGAGGAACUCUAGUUUGUGUCAUUUUUGGCGCCCCCUGUGGACAAAACAGUCUUUACUCAUGAGGACUCAAUGUUCUCUUCUCUCCUCAGAUGGGACACAUCCUCUGACCAUGUAAAGGAAUAAAACUAGUAUUCCACUUUUUAUUUGCGCCCUCCUGUGGCAAAGAUAAUUGCAACGUGACAACUUACCUAUGUGACAACAAGCCCUGGUCUCCCCUACUCUUGAAACCAACUAGGCAAAGAUAAUUCUUAUCUUAAUUGUUGUCUUUUUGCUAAUAUUAUCAUUACCACCUUACAUAGAUGCCCCAGAGGCGUUGUUGGCCUCACAGUUUAAGUGUGCUCCAUGUACAGAUGUUACAGACCUCAUUAUGCUGCUCAUGAGAUUCCUGAUCCUGGCAUCGCUUGUUGAUGUCCUGUCACUUCCUGGCUGCUCUAUCAAAACAUUAGCAAAGUGAUUAAAAAGCUAUCACUAGUUUAUUCUUAGUGUAGCAAGCAACUCACCAACUACUCUGUUUUCUGGUGUCUUCUGUAUCUGUCUCUCUUUGCAGGACAGGAGUGUGUGCAUAGCAGUUAGUGCGUUACGCCCCCUGCUGUUUGAAAAUGGGGACGUGCUCAUGGUGGGCUCUUUCUCUGCCAUGACUGUGGCUCAUGUAGCCGUCGUGGCCGCUGCCCGCUCUGGACGAGUGUUGGUGUGCGGCGCCGAUCACACACCUUCACACAUCGAGGAGAUACAAGAGCUGCUCAGCCAAAUGGACAUAAAAAGUGAGGAUAUAAUUAAAUAUUUGUACUCAUGCACACUCACUCCAAUUGAAAAAGUUUUGUUUUGUUAAUUUUCCCCCAUGUAGAUGUCAAAGUCCUGACAGAAGCGUUUUUUGGUCUGGAUGAGUGGGACAACGGCGUCCAGCGUUUAAAGGUCAUCAUAGUGCUGCCUCAGUGCUCAUCCUCCGCCCUCAAUGACCCAGUACCCACUAUGCACAGUGAACGCGGAGGUAGGCCAUGUCAUAACAGAGAAGGGGACACAGAACAUAAAAGAGGGAAAGUCACCCUUCAAUUUUCACUGUCAAAGUCAGAGGCAAAACGGCCUUUAAAAGAAGAAAAACAAGAGGAGAAACAAAGAGUGAAUUAGAAAGUUGAUCUAUUGAUUUAUUUAUCGUCAAUCAAAAUAACACUUUCAUUCUGCUGACAGACUGGAAUCUGCUGCCGGACUUGUCUCAUGGCUUCUUAUCUCAGAGCAGAAAACAUACAAUGACCACACAGCAGACACGACUACUUUCACACUCUCUCUCCUGUAAGUAAAAGCAGAAAUCACAAUCAAAGAGAAAUGUAUGAACUCUCUUAAAACCGAAACACAGUAAUAUAAAAGUGGAUUUUUCUUUGUUCUUCAUUUUCCCUCUCUCAGUCCCAAAGGUUCAGACAGUGGUCUACUGCACACGCUCGGUGUAUCCAGAAGAAAACGAACAGCUGGUGAAGAGAGUGUUGGAGAAAACACACUCCUCCUCUAAACUGCUGCCUUUCAGGUAAACACAAGCAAUGAUGAGAAACAAUAUCUACAGAAAAGAACGAGCUGAUAUUAUAGCUCAUUAUCGAGCUUUUGAUUUGGUAAUCAGGAUUUUCAUUACCUGUUUCCAGGCUCACAACAACAGUUUAAUGAGAGCGCUGAUACCAGUCAUGCCCUGUUUUUACUACAGGUCAAACAUAUAAAUAUAAAGCCACCAUGUUUAUAAGGAAAUAUUGUUCUAUGUGCAGAUAAAGUAAAACAAGAAGAUUACAAGCCUUUAUAAAGAGCAAGUUUUACAUAAACUAGACCUGCAGGUUCAGUCAUUAGGCUUUCAACACCUCAGAGACUCAGUUAGUCUCGACCAAAGAGAUAUCAUAAAAACUCUAUUCCAGUCCAAGCCACUGUUCAGUCAGAUAAGAAUAGACCAUUUUGCACAUCAUACACAAACAUUUGUAUUUUUAAGGACAACCACUGGGGUUUAUGGCCCAUUCAAUAUACAUGCCAACAGGCCAAGCUGACACGUUCCUGCUCACCGUAGGCUUCACUUUGUUUUAAUAGGUUUUAAAAUCACUUUUUCAGAGAAAAGUUUUAAGAUAAAUAAUGAGCCGUGGAAAUAAUGGAAAUAAUUUGUCCUUUCGAUAGUUUUACAGGUGUCCUAACUUCAGCGGGGGACUUUUGUUGUAGUACUGCCAGUGGGUAAAGGUGAAAUUUGAAGCAAGGCUGGGGGCACUAUAGGCAGGUUUUGAUACCAUAGCCAUGGACUUAAUCAAUGCACACAAUUCCAUUACCUAAAUACUAUCUGCUCCACCAUGUCAACUAUUUUCACAUGUUGUUGUUACAGGUAAUAGUAUAAAGUGGCACCUACAGGUAUUGUAAAAUGACGCCUACGCUGCACUUCCUUGGUUGUCGUCUUGAUCAGAGAGAUCCUUUCAGAGCCCAGAUCAUAAUCUCUACUUUUACAGCAAAUUUAAUCAUGUUCAGAUCCUUGAACCUGGUGGUGUGGUAGCUGCUCACCAAGCUGCAGGUCUGUGGUCCUCUUUGCAGUUCCUUAGAUUUAUAGAGGCGGAGUUCAGUCAGCAUUUUAUAUAUGGGUACCACCAUUAUUGGGCUUCAUAACACCUCCUCAGAAAACAGUGGGCGACGUCACUGAAACUGCAUCUUCGUUUUUUUUACAGUCUUUGUCUAAAAGCUUGACUACUUUUAAAGGUAGUCAAGGGACUUUGUAUCUGUCCACAUAAUAAAAUAAUUAACAGACCCAUUCAUAUAAGUGUGGUUUGAGGGUACUAGGGUAAUAGUCACUAAUUGGAUCACUGAUUCUUGUCUUCAUGAGGGUGAAUGUAGCCAACAGACAAAUGGAGAUUCUCUCUUAGCAUACUUUCAAAAGGAAAAAGUCUUUACACAAAGCAUAAUAGAGCUAAACUGAUCAUUAAAGAUUAGCAGGGAGCAUGUGAGCUCAGUUUACAGUCUCAUAAACAAAUAGCUCAGCUCAAACAGCUGCUCAUUCAACACCGAAAUGUGUUUCUAACUGCAGAACCCGUUCAUGAGCGCUGAGCUUUAUCUCUGAGUUUAACAGACUGCUGGAGGGACUUUUACAGAUGCAGAGAGAGUCACUAAUGUCUGUGUUUUGUAUAUAUGACAAGGCAUCUCAUAAAUCUACAAAUACUGUGUGGUUCAUGUGUGAGUGUGUGAGGGUGAUGACAGGAUGAAAAAUACGCUGUGGUUACCGUGGGGGCGGCAGUUAAUCUCACAUUUGUAGUGGAUGAGGUGGAGAAAAUGUUAGAGUCUGUUUCACGCCUGCUGCUCCAGACAAGUUACUUCUUGUCAUCCAUCCUCUCAGAUAUAGAUAUUUUUUAGCAUACGUUUGCUUUUUAAUCAACUGACCAAUAUUUAACUUGACAAUCAGCAGCUGCCCCCUCCACCAUAUUUAUUUAUUUAUUUUUAAACAUUAUCUACUGUGGGGCUUUGUUGCCUUAAGUGCUUUCAGAGGAGUUAUUUUGCUCUAAUUUAGAGUUUGAUUCUCUAAGCCAUCAUAAAAUGCUUUCCAUAUUUAUAAAGAGAUCAAUUUCUAUCAUAAAUUUAUAAGAUAUAAACAGUCCUAAACGAACACAUACAGUAUGGUCCCCUCAGGUUAUCAAAUGGAAACUUGACCUGUAACAAUACUCUUCAACUAUGCUGCUCCAUGGUCUCCUCUGAUGUCAGUUUUGCAUUAAGAGGUGGAAACUAUCAAGUGUUCAGGUGUAAAUUAAGUUUUACCGUGUGAGACUUCCUGUGAAGACUCUCACAUAUGUGAAACUUAAUGGACGGGAACAUGACCUCUAAAACUUAAAGAAUCUUCACACAAUCACACAAAUCUUGGUGCCAGUUUCAAGUCUAAGAAAAGUGGGUCAAAAGAUUGCAUACAUAGACUUCAUAUAGAAUGAACGCCAUCUGCCUCCUGCUAGGUGAAGCCAACCCGUGAACAGCACCCUCUGGUGACGGGCUGCAGUAUAGGUCAUAAAUCUCGCCUCUUCCAGCGAUCCCUAUGGAGUGGUGGACAAACUUUAGAAACUUAUUACACAGAAUAUACAUUUUUCUACCCCCUGGUUGUGAUGUUGACAUGUAGUUAUUGUAAGACUGGUUUGUGCUGAAGUCCUCUUUUUUCUGUACAGCUCCAUUUUCAAAAGUUAUUAGGGGGCUCAAGUUUUCAAUAAUUGACACCUGAUACAGCCUAUGGAGUUACAAAGUUUGCGUAGCUCACCCGAGGGAUACGCUGUUUGCGCGUCAUCACAGCGUAUAGUAUAUACAGUCCAUUAUUGCAUAGGUGAACCAUGCAUCACAAUCAAAAAUGUACAUAGUGGAUUUGAACCACAGAUGAACACAAGUCACUUUUUUUGCAAGUCCAAGUCGAGUCUUCGGUCUCUGAGGGCUGUUUCUAUUAAACUACCCCAUUUAUGUCACGUACCUCUACACAGUAGAGUCAAGUCAAUUAGAGAAAUAUUUAAUACUGACUUGUAAAUCGUGGCCAAAAUAGUUGAUUUCAACCUAUGUCCGUCUUCUGACGAGGCAAAAAGCCAAUCAUUGUUCAGGAUUUUGGGGUGUUCAGUCAGAUUUUUGAAUCUACCCUUAAAAACUAUCACUUUCCCUUUUUUUUACCAGCUUUCUUCCUAGUCCAAGUCAAGUCUCAAGUCGGGUCAGUGUGUGUCUCAAGUUUAACUUCACUCCCUAUCUCUGAUUGAACCCACAUUUACUGUGACAAACCUGGCACACCUUAACUAUGGUCAACCAAGUUUGAAUGUUGAAACCUCAGCUGGUGCUCACAGGGUUACAUCGACAAGACUUUUAAAAGCAUGAGAUCCCAAGACACAGAGGGCCGCCAAAAUCCCAGUUCUGUGUAUUGAUUAAACUCUUGGCCUGAAAUGGGUUUGGAACAGAUUCCCUCUAAUGUUUUAUUGAUGUUAGUUUUACAAAUUACAGUAACUUUCUUGAUGUUUCUACACCGGAUAAAAGAGACACCUUAUCAAGAGUGUAAAACAGUGUCUUUGAUCUCCUUUGUUUCACUGUCACACCUUGAUGUAUUGAUGGAGAGGUAGACUGUGAUAUUACUCUUUGAUAUGUUACAGGUGCAGCACAUCAAACUUAUUAUCAAAACCAUCUUUGAUAUCGGCCGCUGUCAAAGAUGCCAAAGAGUUUUUAUUUUACAGCUUUUGAGGGUAUGGAAAUCUGGCUCAUCAAACUUUUGUGAAGGUUAAUUUUAAAGAAGAAGAAAAAAAGUUGCUGCAUCUUUUAAAAUAUAAGCUCACUAAAACUCACCUCAAGAGUACUUGGCCUGGACCCCCUUAAAAGGAUAACGCUGAAGGGUGCGAUUUUAAAAUCUGAAGAGCGGUCAUUCUGCUCAUAAUACCAGUGAGUGUGAAUAACCACUCUGGGCGAGCUUUCGGUGAGAAUUUUAAUGGGAAUGAAGGUCAUCAUAUUCAUAUUUAAACAGACUUUAGUCACUGUUUGGUCCACAGAGAAUUGUGAACCAACAUUCACUAACUUUUCUAUGGUUGAGGGCACUCACAGCAGAUGUUCAAUAAACAGCAACCAGCAGGGACAGCUGGCUGUGAAGGACCAAUAAACAUGCAUGUCCUCUGGCUUUGAGAUGAACAGUAUGUGUGGAGACACACUAUAAGGCUGGUGGACAUACUCAUUAAACUACAUUUACAGUAAACAGCUGAGCUUUUAAACCAAGGGUGUGUCCAGAAGGGGGGAAAGAGGUGGCAAGGGCCCCUCUGGUGCCACCAAAGAGUCUUCAAGUUUGAUUGGUAGUGUUGUGUCAUUCGUGAAUGAUUCGUUCAAAAGAACAAAUCUUCUAAGUGAACAUACUGAACCGAAUCACUUCUUUAGGUGAUUCGUUCGUUUCUCAGUUCAGUUGAGCUGUAGGAAGUGCAGCUGCCAUAGCAAGUAGCAUUGCCGGGUGAGCAGUUGGCGAGCAACUGCAGGGAGGGAAGGACUGCAUGCAUACCCACAGCACUCUCGUAUCUAAUGUAGAGUCGUUCAUGAAUGUUUCGUUCUACAGAAGCUCAGCUGCGAGCCUGGCAUGCCGGUCAGGAGUGGAACUGCCGCCUCUGACUCUUUGGCGAACAACACACAGCCAGCCAGCAACGAGUGGGCGGGCGGGCGGAGUCUCUUGAUUCACUCACAGCGAAUGAACGACAUGUAUUAGUCAGUGAACGAAACGUCUGUGAACAACAUGUAUCAGUACGUGACGGACUGAUUCAGUCAGUCUGUGAACAACAUGGUGAACGAAACGAACGACUUCCGAAUGACUUGAUGCAGGCAGAGGAGGGAGGGGUGUAGCGUCGUUCACUUACUGCUGAACACUGGUUUAUUCACUGAGGCUAAGAUAAAACAGUGCAUUAUUGUGCCUUUACAAUGAUUCAUGUGUAUAAACUUUCCCGCAAGAAGGAUUUAAUUUCAGUCGAUUUAAAGCAAAACGCUAUUUGAUAUCUUUCAACACAGCUGCUAUGUUUAUUUAUUUUUAAUCUCUCCACUUUUACGCGAAAUAAAAGAAAAAUGACCCACGCUCGUUAGCGGGCAUGCUGCUAAUUUUUUGUCGAGUCAUUUUAAUGAACAGAUUUUAAAGAUUCACUAAAGUCAAAAGAAAUGUUCUUCCCAUCACUACUCGGAAGUCAGAGUCUCCUCCUGCCAAGUGCUGAAUGAUUCAGGGAUUUGGUGAACAAAUCUUUUGAACGAAUCUUUUCAGUGAACUGUUUUUAGUGAUUCAGUACAACAGAGAGAACUGCCUUGCCCAUCACUAAUGAUUGGCAUUGAUUUUUUGAGGCCUUUCCACAAACUAUUUUGGCUGCACUGCAAUAGACUAUCUUCCUUUUGAGUUUUUUAAAUAUGCAUAUAAUAAAAUAGAUGUUGCAUGGAUGUAAUAGGCGUAGAAGCUAAAACAGAUAAGUGAAGAGGGAAAAUGAGUAGAUUAAUUUGGGAGCGUGUGCACAUUUGCGUCAUGCCACCCCUGUAUGAGUGAGAACCCAAGUCUGAUUUAUACCAUUAAACUUAACCAGGAGUUACAUAAUAUUUCUUUAUGUCCAAAUGUCCUUAUAAAAGUGGUAGGUGACCUGGGUAAAAAGAUCAUUUUGUAGAUUUUUGCAUCAACUGAUCUGUAACAAAACAUUAAAUGUGCCACAAAAAUUUGUACAGAAAUAUUUCCUGUAAUUAUUUGUCAAAGUACUUUUUAACAACCUCUCCACCUGCUGCUCCGACUCUCAGGGUGAACGGUCCGGUUUUUCCUGUUGAGUCUGCAUCAGGAGACGCAGCAGACCCCCGGUUCUUCAGACUGGAACCAUCACAGCUCACGAACGGCUGCUUCAUCGCACGGCUGUCCAGACAGGUGAGAGGCAGAGGACGUAAACAUGUGAGAGGGAAAGACUGAAAGGGAAAAGAGCGAGAGGGACGUUUAGAGGGCAGAGUUGUGUUUGGAGAUUGAGUAGUAACAGAGAUUGUACGCUGUGUGUGUGUGUGUGUGUGUGUGUGUUUGUGUUUGUGUGUGUGAUUGCUCUGCGGCGAGACCUUCCAGUUGUGCUGAGGCUGCUCUUUUUAACUGUCUGUCUGCAGGGAGGUCAGUUGGCGCUGCUUGUCUGCACCAUGCACACGCACACACACACUUUCUCUCUAUCACACACACACAUACACACACACACUCAAAAGACUAUCACUCUGACACACUGCAGCACUAUUCCAAACUCCAUAAAAAGCAGACAUGUUCAGGAUGAAAUAUGCCUCGACUUGUGAAAGAUUUCUGUAUUUUACAGCGAAGAUGAAUGGAUAAUUCUCUCCAUCUUCCCUGUCCCCUUCAGUCUUGUUGCAUCACCUCAUUGUUCUGUCUCUCUCCUCCACUCAUAAAAACAAGAAAAUACAACAGAGGGAAGUGAAAAGCUGCUCUUCUGAUUCCCUGCAGCUCAAGAAUGGUGCAGGGAGGGGACUGUGCCUGUAUAUGUUUAUAUCAAUACUCAUACACACUCCCACAAGCAUUCUGGAUAAUUAAAACAUAACGAUUAUCACAUCUAAUUGCAUUAGCCUCCACUUUUACAGUGAUAAACGGGACAUUAAAGCUGUGGGAUACUCUUGGUGGUCCAGUGCUGCUCACAUGAAUGACUGUGCAGGAGAGGACGCUUCAGAGAGAUCUUGAAUGGUAUCAGACAGUGACAGCAGGGAAAGCAGAAAGAGACAGAGAGUGGAGAUGAGGCAAGAGAAAAACUCCAGGAAAGUAGAGAGACUCAGAAAAGCAGACUUUAUGAUGCAAGCCCCUGUUUUAAAAACCUGCCUUCUGCAAAGUGGAGAGCACGUCUUAGUUAGAUGAAUGUAUAUUAGGCACUUUUAUGAAUCACUAAAUGAUGCUGCCAUAUGGAGAGGACAGGGAAGGGUAUCAGCAGCUGGUUAGAAGUCCCUACACACCAAUGGUUUAAAUUUGGAGGAGGCGAUGACUGCGCACUGGAGUGUGCUGAUCCACUUAAAGCUCUGCUAAAAGUCUAUGUAGCACUAGUAGCAGUAAAAUGCUAGCGUGAUGGAGCUUGUGUCCACUGGAGGUUAUUAAUUUCUUUUUAGCCGGCAGAGCCAGGGACGAAACUUCUAAACUGUCACAUCUCUUCAAAAGCAAUAUACACAAAGAAGAAGAAGAAGCAACAGGCUGCUAGUGAGCUAGCUGUAGCAGCCUUCUGGGGGAUAAUAAGGCACUUAAAAAAACGGAUGAUUAAGAAAAAAAAAUUGAUUAAAAUAUGUUUUCAAGAGCAAGCAUCACCAUAAUUAUGAUGGACUAUUUUGGCCAUAUUAAGAAAAAAAAAAGAAGACUUCAAGAAAAUCGGUGGUCCGCCACAUUCAUCUCUCGACGGGGUGUUUAACUUGGUGUUAUAAUGUGUUUGACCCUAAAUUAAUUUUACGCCGGAAUAUCCCUUUAAGUCCAAGUACCAUAUUGGAAGUAAAAAAGUUGUAUCGGGACACCUCUAAUGAUAAACUAUCUAUUUGUUAAUGCUUUUCUUCUAUCUAUCUAUCUACUGUACACAAAAUACAGUGAUAUUGAUAAUGGGAAUCUCACUCGUGUUGUACAUUUUUGUUCGUAAACAAAAUACUUCAAAAAUUAAAAGUUACCUCUACGGCUUCAGUGAAGUUCGGGCAUCAUGAAAGUAAUGACAAUGCUGUUGAACAAACAUGUCACAUGAUCAGCAUGGACGUCCUGAGGCGAAAUAAUGAAGGAAAUCAAUAAUCCAAAGAUCUAUUUAUCAAGACAUAAAAGCAAAAAACACUUUAAAAGCAUCUACAAGGCUGCCAUCACCCAUGCGUCUCUGCGGUAUACUGUAAUCUGCUCCAUUUUAUUACUAACUGCAUAAUUAAAGUGUGGGAGCUUAAAAUGACUUAGAGCGCACAGUUAAGAAAUUGAAAAACAGUGUAAAGGAAGAUUAAACACUGAGAGUGAAAUAAAAGAUGCAUAUGCAGUUUUUUGAGCUGUGCAGCGAACGUGAUUUAACUUUAAUACGAGAACAGAUAAUAUAGAGAGUGAACAUUAUGAAAGGAGAGGGAAUGUAUGCAUAUAUAUGUGAGCAUAUACGGUAAAUUCCAAGCAUACACAAGCUAAAUUGGCACACUUGGAUUAGUUUGGAUGUAAAAGGCACCAAACCCCAUGAGAUCCCCUCUUCUCAGUCUCUUCUCCUUCCUUUAGCAGGUUCCUUGUUGUGGCUUAUGGCUCAUUUUUCUGCAGUUGUAAAGAUCUCCUCGGUGUGAUGUUAUCCCAGGGGAUUGUUGUUUUUAAUGUGUCGUAUCUUCACAUCAAAUCUCAAGCUGUCCUUGCUCUUUUUCAGGCGGAUCCCACAAAAGUAGAAACAGUCCAGGACGUGCUAGCAAGGGCAGCGGCAAAGGGCCUCCUGGGUGGAAUAAUUCCUGAACAAUCAAAAACCGGUAAAAAGGGGAAAAGCAAGAAGAAGCGCGGAGCUUCGGCGGGUAGCAAACCCUCUUCGCCCCACAGCUAUGAGAGGGAGACAGGAGAAGAGCUGGAGAAUGGAAAAGAUCAAGUCGCAGCUUCAGAUCAGGAAGAGCAGAGAGGUGAAUCUAACGAGGAGGAAAUAGAGGUUAAGGGAGGGAAGAAGAAGAGAGGGCUAAAAGGCCAGAAGAGAAAGGCCAAACAGAGCAGCAGGACUACAGCUGGCUCCAAGAACCCCUCUCAAAGUCACAAGAAAAAACCAACGAAGAGAAAAACGAAGGGGCGUCUCAUGAAAACCAAACCGAGGAGGAUACCUCGUCUCACACUGUCAUUAAUAUCCUCAGCAAAACCCCCUAAACACUUGUCUCCCAUCACAGCCCUGGCACACAAGCUGAUCGACGCCCCUGCAGUUAACCAACAGCUGACUGUCUUUAGCACCCCCUCCUCUGCCAGAUCUGCUCGCCCUGCUCCACCUGCGGCCUCCAAGCCGGUGCAGAGAGAAAGCGUAGAGACAGUCAAAGAGAGAAAAGCUGUUAAAGAUGAACCGGGCUGUUUGUUAAAGACCACAAGAAAGGCUGAAAAAACAAAAUCAGAGGUGGUUGCAGAGACAACAUUAAAGGAGUCUGAUUUCAUCCUGCCGCCCAUUUCUUCCCCCUCCUCUGGUUCUCUGAGCGGCAGGAGUGUUAGUUCUCCCUCCCAGCGCCCAUCUCAGGCCUCCCACUCUGAACUCGCCCAAAUAUCUGCAUCCUCCUCCUGCGUCUCUCUGCCUGGAUUGUAG